AUGGCUUCUUCAGCUUCCACAUAUGCUCAAACGUCCUGUAUUUUCCUUCCCAAAAUCCAAAACAGCACGCACUUCAGGGACAAGAUUAGAGCAUAUAGUACGAAGAAGGCAAGAAGAGUGAUGCAUAUUCACUCGUCACAAGGCCCAACAAAACCGCCAAAACCAUCGCCAGGAUUCGACACAAGAAUCCACUGGGAAAACCCGGACGAAGGCUGGAUAGGUGGAGGAUCCGACCCGGUCAAACCCGACCGGGACAAUCUCUUAAGUGACGACAACUUUGCAGAACUAAUCAAAGACUCUUUUGAUUCUCAUUACCAAUUCUUAGGUGUUUCAACGGAUGCUGAUCUAGAAGAGAUAAAAUCUGCGUACCGAAGACUAUCUAAAGAGUAUCAUCCAGACACAACUUCAUUACCGCUUAAAACUGCUUCAGAUAAGUUCAUGAAACUGAGGGAAGUCUACGAUGUUUUGAGCGAUGGAGAGAGCAGGAGAUUCUAUGACUGGACACUGGCUCAAGAGGUUGCGAGUCGUCAAGCUGAGAAGAUGAGAAUGAAGCUUGAGGAUCCGAAAGAGCAAGAGUUUCGGAACUACGAGUCUAUACCGGAUAUGGUUGAUCGGUUAGGUGGUAGGAACAUGGAGCUUAGUGCUCAAGCAAUGACUGCUCUCACGUUCGAUGUUUUUGUUCUACUGUUUGCCCUUGGUUGUAUAGUUUAUGUGACUGUCUUUAAAGAUCCCUCUUACUAG